AGAUGGCGGGGCAGUUGCCAGGCAACAGAAACUGGGCGUUCCAAACAAUUGGGACCCGGGAUCCUCCGCCGGCAAGAUUGUGCAGCGCCUGCGCUGGCCUCCCAUCCCUCAUAAGAACGUCUAGUUGGACAUUUAACCAUGCCUCCCACCCGGGACCCUUUGCAGCACGCUAAGUUAGAUAACGAUGAUUCCUACUUGGGAGAACCGCGGGCUUCCAAGAAAUUGCCCUACAAGAACCCAACUCACCUUGCUCAGCAAGAGGAACCCUGGAGGCGGCUCAGCUUAACUCCCACAAUUACUUCCAUGAGGCGGGAUAUCUAUUUUUUUGAUCCCGAGAUACCCAAGGAUGACCUGGAUUUCCGCCUAGCAGCCUUGUACAACCACAACACUGGGGUGUUCAAGAACAAAAAUGAGAUACUGUUACACCAGGAGACCAUCCAGGAUACUCGUGGAAUCAGCAAGAUCCAAUUUCCUGGAGAAUUCUUACCCCCUCCCUCUCCACCCCCCAUCACUUCCCGGGCUAACAUCAGACACUGGAUCAAUCCUAAGAAGGAGUCCAUCCACAGCAUCCAGGGAUCCAUAGUGUCCCCUCACACUGCAGCUACCAAUGGAGGUUACUCCCGAAAGAAUGAUGGUGGCUUCUUCUCCACCUAAGGUAGACAGGCCCCUGUACUAAUUAUAGUGCAACAUCCUGCCGCCCACCUCCAUUAAAUACAUUUGUGCAAGAUGAA